AUGUAUGUAUAUAUCGACUUCCGGCGAGCGACAUCCCGGGCUGUGCGCAAGGAUCGGGGCACGAGUGCUGCCCCUCCCUCGCUGCACCGCCGAGCUGUCGCCUCGUCGUGCAUUAAGCAGUCCGUCUCGCCUCUUGGUUCGCCGAUGCUGACGCAGGGACAGGGCGCCGAGACUGGCGUGUCGUGCGCGCCGCUAGUGUCCUUCCGGGACGAGGCGCGUCAACGACCCGUCUACUGUCGUCACAGGCCGAUGUCGACUCUUCGGUCGUACCUCGCAGUCGCUCACGAGGAGCCAUUCCACUUGGGACCGUCGCGAAGACUAUUAGGGGUUUAA